CUACACGUGAUAAACGUGACAACUAUCGGGCCGGCCUCCGUUCAUGAAAUUCCCACCACGUCCUUGCCGUCCUUUCCUUGACUGGUCACUGCAUCGUACAACAUGUCGAGAAGGACGUCCUCAGUACCAGACGUCGACGACUACCCUUCACUUCUCUGGAUAGCUGUCCCUUCUGUUCUUCUCGUGUCGGCAUAUUUUGCGCGCAAAUGGUACCUAGCUCGUAAGCUCAAGGUUCACGGCAUUGGGAAAGGGGCACCGGGAUUCCAGACUGGUGUACGACGUGUCCGUGUAACACCAGACAUUGCCGCACGGAUACAGAGGGGAGAAGAAGUCAGUCCUGAAGAAAUUGCGGCGUCUAUUGCGCGUGCGGAACGAGAGGCUGAGAACGGACCGCCAUCCUCCGCGGCUCCUACGAAACCGACAUCUCCGCCGGCGGAGCCAGUGAAUGAGUGGCUACCUGAAUCCCUCUCAGCACCGAAAAAGCAAGCAAAGAGAAGGCGAAAGUGAUGUGUAUGUUCUGUCUACGGAAUACACAUCCUUACCAUCUUCAUGCUAGCACAUUUACUUACAACAUUAAUGGAGCUAUCCUUGUCCUGCUUAGUCUGGGAUAAAAAGUGUGUAUGAUACUCAAUUUUUGCUUCAAGCGCUGUCUGUCCCAGAUCAUUCGACGAGGUACUGUGGCGUCGUCGCCUAUUAGUAUUCCGCACGGGAAUUUAUGCACAUACAAGUCUCUUCUAUGGGUAACAGUAACGCAGGGUAAACCAAAGCAAUCAAAUCUAUUCAGCGAAUUGCGACGGUUGAUAUUGCAAUAUAUUCCACUCUUUCGUC